AUGAGAGUCAUCGCAACCGUCCUGCUCCUCGGCGCCUCGGCGCUGGCGGCUCCCAGCCCCGUCGAUGGAGUCCGGGCCCCUGGCGGUGGUAAGUCGCUUGCCGUCUCGAUUCGACUGACCCGUGCGGUGCGGUGCCGUCGUGACGCUAACUCGCUCGUCGCAGCCGUCGAAAGGCCCGAAAUGACCGUCUUUCGCCGCUCCAACAACACCACCGUCUGCCGCAAGAGCGAGGUGUUCAAGAUCAAGGCAGCCAUGGCCGACUGCAAGAAGCUUGCCGAGGACGGCAAGAAAGCGGCGAAAAAGGGUCACGACGGACUCUUGAAGCAAUUCUUCAAGGAUGAUUCUCCGUCGACGAGAAUCCACGUCGCCGACGUUCUCGAGCAGGUGCUCCGGCAUUGUGGCGACGAGUCCCGGCUGCCGACCGACAGCUGCCACGGCGACUUCUGCUCCGACCACGACGACGCGUCCGCCAUCGACCUCGGCGUGCCCAAGAUAUACUUUUGUGACGCCUUCUUCGCCGACGAUUCGGCCGGCUGCCGCGACAUGAGCCGAGGCGCCACCGUCGUCGCCCAGGCCGCGCGCGCCGUGAACAAGGACGUGAGGGUCGUGACGCGAGGGUACCAAGGCAGCCUGGGCCUCACGAGGUCCGACGCCUUGGCCAACGCGGAGUCGUACGCCCUGUUCGCCACGUCCGUCAGCCCGCGCUGCAUCGACGAGUCGAGGACCUUUCUCGACAAGGUUUCGGGCGCCAUGACUUGGCUGUUCAACGUUAAAGAACAAUAUUUCGGCGUCAGGAAAAUUUACGUGCCGCAGGAGAACGAGGGGAAUUGA